AUGCGCCACUCGAAGAGCACACUUCUGGAUGAGGAUGCAUGCAGCGGUAGCGGAGAGCUCCCUUCUUCCGAUGACCUGUGCUACACGGGAUCUUUCUUGGUGGAGAAAUUCUUCGUGAAGAUGUCCAAGCAGACCGCAACGAGUGGCACCGUCGACCUCCAAGCAGUGGGGCCUCAGACCACGACGUGCAAUGGCGCGCAGUUCCAGCAAUCUGGAUCAGAAAUCACCGUGGAGGACACCACUGAUUGUGGCCUGGUUCCUGGCACAGACUACACCGUCAAGUAUUGCUCCAAUCAAGACGAGAUUGUCGUUCACAUGCUGAAGCCCAUGGACGUCAGUGUGGUGUUGGCCCGCACGCCGUGCGCGGAGGCCCAGCCACAGCUGGUUCAGGAGAAUGCAGUCGCCGAGUCGGAGAGGGGCUGCAGCGGCUACGGCACCUUCCCCCGUGGUGGGGUGUGCUACUCUGGACAAUUCCUGGUCGAGAGCCUGUAUGCCAGGGUCGUCACGCAGGGCGCGCACCAUGGUUACGUGAACAUGAAGGCAGUGGGACCCAAGCACGGAUCCUGCCGUGGUGCCCACUACAGCCAGUACGGCCAGUACAUCAACGUGAAUGCUGCCAAAUGUGGGCUGAGUGGCAUGUCGUACACCAUCCGGUAUUGCUCGGACCAGGAUACGAUCGACUUGCAGAUCACCGCCCCCCUUGCAGGCAGCGUUACCAUGAGGCGUUCCGGCUGCUCGGGCGUACUCCUGGAGGAGGACUAUGCCCUUGCAUCCCUGGCAGAGCCUGUGCCUCCGUCACCCGCCGUUCAGCCGCCAUCGUGGGUGCAAGACCUGCUCAAGGCAAGCACACAGGCACUGGUGCAAGAGAAUGCAGUCGCCGAGUCGGAGAGGGGCUGCAGCGGCUACGGCACCUUCCCCCGUGGUGGGGUGUGCUACUCUGGACAAUUCCUGGUCGAGAGCCUGUCCGCCAGGGUUGUCACGCAGGGCGCGCACCAUGGUUACGUGAACAUGAGGGCAGUGGGACCCAAGCACGGAUCCUGCCGUGGUGCCCACUACAACCAGUACGGCCAGUACAUCAGCGUGAAUGCUGCCAAAUGCGGACUGAGUGGCAUGCAGUACACCAUCCGGUAUUGCCCCGACCAGGAUACGAUCGAUUUGCAGAUCACCGCCCCCCUUGCAGGCAGCGUUACCAUGAGGCGUUCCGGCUGCUCGGGCGUACUCCUGGAGGAGGACCAUGUCCUUGCAUCCCUGGCAGAGCCUGUGCCGCCGUCACCCGCCAUUCAGCCGCCAUCGUGGAUGCAGGGUGCGGUAAGCAGCACCGCAGCCUGCAGUGGCAGCAAGAAUCUUCCAAGCGGCAAGCUGUGCUAUGAAGGCACCCUUUUGGUGGAGACCUUCAGUGUUCAGGUCUUGGAUCACACUGCCACUGGCGGAAGCGUGAACAUGAAGGCCGUGGGCCCCAAGAAUGGCGAGUGCAAAGGCGCCGUGUUCCACAAGAAGGGCUCCGAGCUGACGAUCAAGGAUGCCACGGGAUGUGGACUGGAUGGGUUUGAGUACUCCGUGCAGUACUGCUCGGACCAGGAUGCAAUCGUUGUGCACCUCAUCACGCCCAUGAAGAUCGAUGUCGCUCUGUCGCGGGCGGCUACGUGUGCAUAA